AUGGCGGACAGCAAGAGGCAGAGUUUGGCGAGCAGGGUUGCGACGCCCAAGGUCGGACCCAGCAAGGAUGUCAUUGAUGGAGACUCCAUGCUGUACAAGGCCGUUGGAGCGCGCAUCCGCGUAACCUGUGCCCCCUCCAACAACACCCUCGAAGGCACCCUCUUCACCGCUUGCAACAUCACCAACGCCAUCGCCAUCAACUGCGCCCCCGCGCCCCCUAACCCCUCGGCCCCGCUCGCCUCCCAACCGGGAGACUAUCACAUCAUCCCCUUUGCGCACAUUACCAGUUUCGAGCUCCUCGGGCCGGGAGAGCGAGCAAGCCCGGACUCUGGCACUGGGUUUGAAAGCGCGUUGCCGAGUAUCGGGCGGGUGGAUACGAAUGCGUUAAGGGCGAGGGAGGAGCAGACAAUUCGCGAGUUGAAGCGGAAGGAGGCGAUGAGGGGGAAGGGGGUGACGCCCGAGGCGCAGGAGGUGUUUGACUUCAUUUCUAAGAGAAUCCCCACGCGCUGGGACAAGACGCGCAUCAUCAUCAACGACGCCGUCGUCCUCGAAGCGCCGUACGGACUGGACAAUGUCAAGGCCGGCAAGGGCGGAGAGGGCAGUCUGCCGUUUGUCAGGAAGACGCUGGAGCAGUACUAUGCGAAGAAAGCUGCUGGUGGUGCGCCGCGAAAGGGCGGUUAG